AUGCCCAUGCUUAUUGUCAACAUGGGUGCCGAGAUGAUUUACGUAUUGGCUCAGCGACUCAAAGCGCAGAACAUUCCUCGAGACAAGAGCUCGAAAGUGCUCGAGGAUAUUAUCAAAACUAUGCACAACGAAACUUUUAUGUCCGAGACCUUCAAACCACAUCGCAUGUAUUCAAAUGGAUCCACUCGACAGAUCUUUGAUCGCAUCGCACACUCAUCAAUUAUGCGUCUUAAUACAAACAGCAUGGAUAAGCUCUACGAUCUCAUGCGCAUGGGUUUCAAAUAUCAAGUGUUGUCUUGUUCCUCAGCUGACGAGUUACUUCAGCAAGUGGAUCAAACCAUUGAGCUCUUUUUAACUCAUUUUGGCAAUAUGAAACCUGCUGAUUUCUACGUGCUGAAACAACUUCUCUGUCGAUUUUUUCAAGACACACGAAUUAAAGUUUCCCUCUUCUUACAAAAUAACAUUCAAAGCACAGAUGGCACACUAGCUAUCCAUCAUAAAGGGUAUACAGCUUCGGGUGGUAAGGUUCCCGGUAUUAUUCGUUAUUUUGAUGCGCUUAAUCGUGUCGAGGAAGAAGAAACAUUUGCUAUAUCCAGUGCUGAGGGUUCCAUUGAGGCGCCAAAUGGCUCGGUGCUUGAACGCAAUCAGAUAAAUACUGAGCUCGGCUUCAACAUCAACAAGAUCUGCAGUUCUACUUCAUUAGGUGCAAAGCAAUCGGAGUCAAAGGUUCAUCAUAAAACUUUCAAAGCCACUGCAACGGAUGGUUUUAAUUUGCUCGCUGAUUUGGUGGGAACGUCGUCGAGUGAGGAAAAAGGUGACAAUAAAGCACUGCGUAUCAAUCUCUUUCCCGAUGACUCAAGUUACAGCGAAGAUGAGAAACGCGUGCCGACCAUUUGGAUUGACGCAGCCAGUGACCGCAAACACGCAACAGAUGCGAUCUUGCGAGAGUUCAAACUUGACGGAGAUGCCAAGCACGAUAGCAAACAAGACGAUGAUCUUCUUGACCUAAUGGACUCAACUAAUUAG